AUGGCAUUUAGCUUCAUUUUGGAUUUGUGGAACAAAUGGAACAUCCGAGGUUUUGUUGUACUGAGCCUCUCGCUUCAAGUCUCUCUCAUUCUAUUUGCACCACUUAGAAAGAAAACAGCAAGCUGCCCCAUCAUCUUCCUCUUAUGGUUGGCCUAUUUGAUGGCUGACUCGGUAGCUACAUUUGCAGUUGGGCUCAUAUCUCACAGUCGAGGCAAUUCAUGUGCCCAUGUAGCAGAAGAAGAUGGAGUAAUUCACGCAUUUUGGCCCCCAUUUCUCUUGUUACAUCUUGGCGGUCCGGACACCAUCACUGCCUUCUCUCUUGAGGACAGUUCACUUUGGCGGCGACACUUGCUCAGUCUCAUCUUCCAAGUCGGUGCCGCCAUCUACGUAUUUGUGCGGAUAUUUCCUAGCGAUAAGUCGCUGGCGAUCCCAACAAUCCUAGUGUUUCUUGCGGGGUUUAUAAAAAUUGCAGAGAGGACGCUCACACUUUAUCUCUCGAGCUUCCCAAAACUCCGAGAAUCAAUGCUCUUAGAUAACGAGCUAACAAUAGAUGCAAACUUGCAAUUGCUUGAAGAACUCAAUGUUGAAGGGGGUGGAUAUGGAUGUUCUAAUGAAGGAGGAGCAAAGCUUGCUGAGAACAUUGUGGUAAAGCAUGCUUACUCAUUCUUUCAAAUCUUCAAGAUCUUCUUUGCAGAUCUCAUCUACACAAAAAAGCAACGCAAAAUAAGCAUGGAUUAUUUUGACAAAGUUUCUGCUGUGGAUGCGUUGAGGGUCAUAUAG